AGGACGCCGAGACGCAGACGCAGACCGCGCCGGAGUGCCAGGACGGGGGCGCCCCGCUGGACCGCGGCAGCGAGGCGGGGUCCUCGUCCCAGGCGCGGCCCGCGGAGGCGCCCUCCGCGCUGCAGAAGGUCCGCCAGCUCUUCCCCCUCGGCCUGGCGCGGGGCGCCGACAGCGCGCUCCCGAUCUCCCCGCGCAACAAGGACGGCGACCCCGCCUGGGACGCGGCGGCCACGCAGGCGGCCCCCGAGGAGGCCUCGGACCUGCCGCGGACCUCCUCGACCUCCGCGUCCGAGAGGGCGGCGGACGCCCCCGCCGAGGCGAACGACGCCGCCGGGGACGCCACCACGCGCGGGCUGCUCCGCAGCUUCUUCCCCGGCGAGCGGGGCGGCACCAACCGCAAGUGGAGCGACUCCGGGCCCGCCGGCCCCGCGCCGCCGCCCGAGGCGGCGGGCGCGGAGGGCGGCGCGCCGCCGCCCGCCGCGGCGGGCGGCGAGGCGGGCGCCCCCCGCGCCGCCGGAGGGCCCCGAGCCCGCGGGCAGCAGCCGCCAGAGCCUGGAGCGACAGCUGGUGGAGACGCGCGAGGCGCUGGACGAGCGCGAGGCGGAGCUGUCGGAGCUGCGGGCGAGGCUGGCGGCCCUGGAGGGGCGGCAAGUCUCGGCCGCCUCGAGCGAGGACGCCGUGGCUGCGCUCGCGGCGGCGACCGAGGCCGCGGCCUUGGCAGGGGACUCCAGCCGGAGGGAGCCGUCCGCCGGCGCGUCCCUGAUGGAGAACGUCCGGCGCGUCUUCAGCGGGAAGACGCCAGAGGGGGACCCAAGGCACCGACGGCCGCAGAGCGUCCAGGGCUCGCCGAAGGGCAAGUGGCUGAGGUCGCCCGCGGCGUCCCCCGACUCCUCCCGGCCCGGCGCCGGGCCGGACCCGUCGGCCUUCCUGCUGCCCGCGGGCAGCGGUGCCGAGGCCGCCGAGCCGCCGGCGCCCCCGGGCGCCGGCGCGCGCGCGCCGAGCCCGCCCCGCGCGGCGGAGCGGGGCGGCCCCGAGGAGCCCUCGCCGCCGCCCCUCCCCGGCGGCCGCGGCGCGGCGCCGCCCGCCGAGCCGCCGGCCGCGGCCGCCGCGGCGGAGCCCGAGGGCGCGGGCGCCGCGGGCGAGGCCGGCGCGGGCGCGGGGGCUCCGCCGCCCGAGGGGGCCGCCGAGGCCUCGGGCCCUGCGGCGCCCGCCGCGCCCGCGGGGGCCGAGGCUCCGGCGGCGGGGCAGCUGGAGCCGGCGGCGGAGGAGGGCCGCGAGGCCGACGGCGCCGCGGUGGGCGAGGCGGCCGCCGCGACGGCGCCCGCGGCGCACGGCGGCGGCGUGGGCCUUCCCGCCCCCUCGGAGGCGCCGCGGUGCCGGCUGGCGCGCGGCGCCGACGAGUUCGCUUCCGCGCUGUCGCUGGCGGACCAGAGCUGCUCCUCCCUCUCGCUGGCGGACCUCAGGGAGCAGAGCUGCUCGGAGCUGCACCCCGCGGGCUCCUCGCCCUCGCUGUGCCCCACCGAGGCGGAGAGCCCGGCGCCGGGCGCGCCGGCGGCGCCGCCGCCGGCGGCCGCGGCCCUGGAGGUGGCCGACGGCGGCGGCGGGCCCUCGGGCGAGGAGCCGGGCGGCGAGGCCGGCCCCGCGAGCUGAGGCGGGCCCCCGCGGCCGCCGCGAAGCAGACGGGUCCCGAGGUGCUGCGCCGCGGUCGCGCACCGCUGCGCGCGCCUCCCCAGCCACGCCAGCUAGGCGCCCGGCCCCGGUCCUGGGCCCGGGGUGCGCCCUGGCCGCAGGAUCGGUGCCCGCGCCUCCUGCGCCUCCUGUUGUUGGGGGUGGGGGCCCGGAGCCUCGACCCCAU